AUGCGGACCAGCCGAGCACGACUGGAGGAUGCAAAGUUCGAAACGGAAAGGCGCAGGCAACAUCGAGGGACUGCACGUAUUUCUCUUGAUAUUUUAAAGUUUCAAUUCGAGGAUCACGAGCAACUUGAUAAAGACAACAUUGACCGUCUGAAGGGCAUCUACCGACGCGAAGGAUGUCGACCACACUUUAUCAACAAUCGUAUUUUGGUCGAAAUUGAUGAAACGUGUUUCGAGGCCGCCCUUGCUCUUUCAGGUGUGGCAGCAACGGAGCUGCUCACCCCCCGAAGAGAUGACUACCCGGAGCUUCGAUUUCCUAUUGGUGCAGAAGUCAUCUGCCUCCAUGGAAAGCACCGUAUCCAAGCCGGUCGCGAAUUUUUGUCUCCUCGGGACAAAUGGUGGGUCGCUGACAUCUAUCUUGGUGGGCUGUCGACGGAUGUGAAGCGCGGCCUCGUCGAGGAAUACGCGAACGAAAGCAUUCCCACGGACGGAAUGAUCUUCUACAAGAUCCGCCUGUACCACUUUCAGCGCAACCUCAGCUUUGAGUCGAGAUGGUGGGCUCGCCUCCGAGGCUGCCGGAGUCGUAAUUUGAAAGCACUGUUAAAGCACCCUGAACUCACAGCAGCUUUCGAGGCUCUGCUCGAUGUACCCGGCCUAUGGGGCGGAAUGUUACUUACAACGCUUCACAAAGUGCUGGGACUGAAGUCUGACGACGAGAUACUGAAUUAUCUUGAACAUAUCCGACGAUUUUGGCACGAUUUGGUUGAUGGUGACCCCAGUGCCAUGCAAAGGUUUGAUCAUCGAGACGUGAAGGCGCUGGAGCUCCGAGCUCCAGGUGUUUCCACACAUGAUGCGGAGGAGAUUGAAGCCCAAAUCCGUGCCGGUCGAAUUCUGAGAGCCUUCAGUGAGGAGGAGCGACGGCACAUUCUUCAGCGAUUAUGCGGAUUUAAGUACCUGAUCCCAUCCCUGCAUACAUUUUUCCGGGAUGUCACCUACUGGGAGGCGCCGAUUUAG